AUGCGCUCACAACCAGUCGGCAACUUCACGAUUCUCAGACGCCUCAAAUCUUUGUUCGACAGAGGAUGGACCGAGUCACUACCUGUUGGGGUAUUUCUUAUUCGACACCCUGAAGGGAUCUUCCUCUUUGAUACCGGGCAAUCUCCUUGCUGCAACAACGCCGGAUACUUCCCAAGAAUUGCUUUUGCCAAUGGCCUGUUAAGUCAAUUCACGAUUGAGCACCAAGACGGUAUUCUGGCCCAGCUUCAUGAGCGGGGCAUCAAAGCCACCGACCUCAAAGGCGUUGUUUUGAGUCACCUCCACAACGACCAUGCGGGGGGAUUGGAGGACUUGGUUGCAGAGGCACCGGAUUUACCCAUCUACAUCAGUCGGGAACAUUGGAAAGCCUUUGGAGAACAUCCGAUCUUUGCCAGCAUGGAGGGCGCUACCCCAAACCACUGGCCGAAAGAUUUCACUCCGAGUAUUGUUGAUCUGCAAGACAAACCGGUUGGGCCGUGGACACAGUCGUUUCCUCUGACCGAAGAUGGGAAGAUUGUGAUUGUAGACACUUCCGGUCAUGUCCCUGGACAUAUUGGUCUGGUGGUCUAUGGGGACGGCCCGGAUCAGACUGAAGUCACAUUCUUCCUGCCUGGAGACGCAACUUAUGGCUUAGAUCUGUUGGAUAAAGAGGAACCGGACGGAAUCAAUGAUGAUCCUGUGCGCGCACAACAGACUCUGCGAACCAUCAAAGAUUUUGCCAGAGAAACUGACGUGGUUGUCUUGCCUAGCCAUGAUAUUGAUACACCUCGCUUGCUUGCUGAGCGCGUCGUCUAUCGACCGAGUGAUCCAAAAUGA